UCAGAGAUGGGGGUCAUCCCCAUCCAGCGUUAUCCAGGAAACCAAACACUCGAAUAGGGCUAUAGUCCUAAAUAUCCUAUUCUUGUCCUGAGAUAUCUAGGGCACCAAACUAAACAUAUUUUUUACAUGUAAAGUCACUUUAUAGCAACUUAGAUCUACUCAUUUACAACGAAACAGCCCCUACAUGAUCAUUUUAUCAAACACCUUCCGCGCAACCCAAUCACCAGCUCCAAAAACUCGACAAUGGCGGUGGAGAUCCAAGUAGUGGAGUCCGGCUUGGUGGGUCCGAGCGAGGAAACGCCCAAGCACUCUCUCUGGCUUUCCAAUCUAGAUCUUCUGGUGGCGCGCGCGCACGUACCGACGAUUUACUUCUACAGGCAGGAUGAGAGUCAGAACGGCGAUUUCUUCUCACCGGAGGCGAUGAAGGUGGCGCUGAGCAAGGCUUUGGUCCAUUUCUAUCCUCUGGCUGGAAGGCUUGAGUUGGAUGCCAGCGGUAGAGUUCAGAUUCAGUGCACCGGUGAGGGUGUGCUGUUCGUGGUUGCGCGAUCGGAGUCGGCGGUUGAUGAGUUCGGUGAGUUCGAGCCUUCCGACGAGAUGCGGCGGCUGCUGGUGCCCUCGGCGCCGUCAGGGACUCCACCUUGCAUCUUGGUCAUGCUUCAGUUGACCUUCUUCAAGUGCGGUGGAGUAUGCCUUGGUGCAGCAGUGCAUCACACAGCUGCCGAUGGCCUUGGUGCUCUCCAUUUCAUGAAUUCUUGGUCUGAAAUUGCCCGGGGCACCAACAAACUCUCUGUAUCGCCCUACAUCGAGCGCACACUGCUCCGUGCCCGCGAACCUCCCAGCAUCACCUCUGAACACAUCGAAUAUGCUCCCAAGCCCCUCUCCGAACACUCUGCUGCAAAGUGCGCAUUUGACUCUGCCAUUCUCAAGCUCACCAAAACACAAGUUGAAUCUAUCAAGCACUCAGUAGCUUCUGGGAAAAAGCCACUCUCCUCAUUCAAAGCUGUGGUAUCUCAUCUCUGGCGAUCUGCGUGCAAGGCUCGCAAGCUCAUCAACAAUGAAGCAACCCAUUUGUACAUCACAGCUGAUGCUCGGACGCGGAUCAAGCCACAACUCCCACAAGGCUAUCUUGGCAAUGCCAUAUUCCGGGCAUCUGCUGUAGCCAAUGCUGGUGAAAUUAUAGGCAAUGAGCUUGAUUUCAGUGCAGAGAUUAUCAGCAAGUCAACUGAUAGAUUAAAUGAUGAGCACAUUCGAUCACUGAUUGACUUCUUGGAGUUGCAAGAAGAUGUUAGGGGGUUGGCAAAAGGUGCAUGGGUGAUGCCAGAGACUGAUCUUUGGAUUAUCAGUUGGCAGGGACUGCCGAUAUAUGACGCUGAUUUUGGGUGGGGGAAGCCAGUGUUCAUGGGAAGAGCCUGCCUGCAGUUUGCAGGAUUGGUCUACAUCAUGAACAACCCGGGAGACAAGGGUGGGCUGCUGCUGGCGGUGGGGAUGGAGCCGGAGAACAUGCUGCAGUUUAAGAAGAUUUUUUAUGAGGACUUAGGCUGUGCCUGAUGAGCAAUUCCAUGGUGUGGCACAUAGACUGCUUCUUCUUGUUAUGUUUUAGUGAAUGUUCUCAGUUAUUGUAAUGCAGACUGCGUCUUGUUCUUGAAGCAAGAGAGCUAAUAAGCAGCCAUUUUAUUAAAAGAAAA